GCGCUUUGUAUCUAAUUUCUGUCCGAAAAUUAAAUUAAUUAUGUCACGAAAUGUAUUUCUUGAUAUUAACGCGAGGUCAAAGGUGAAAUGUCAGGUGUCACGUAUUUGCGUCGGCUACGUUAUUAUUGUUUGAAUGAUGUUUGUCUAUGGUCGGCUGAAAAAUGAAGCGUUUCCUCACCGCGUUAUCACCAUCGGAUGGCCCCCUUACUUCUCGUCGUCCUCCUAGCUUGGAGAAAGAUAUCGUUUUGGACAACAGUAUCUCAGAGUCGGAUGGGGAGUCGGAGUCUACCGCGACCGCUUCAACCGUUGGUCCCCUCCCCGCACCCGGGAAGCUAACAGCCGGGGCCGCCGCGGCAGAGGGACCGCAUGAUCUCAGCCAAAGUCCGGAUGAAGAACCGCGACAGCCUGUGCGCAAGUUCCCGAAACAGACAUUCGGUACUCAGCGAAGGAGUUUUAACCAUGCUUGUAUGGGGGACUUUCAGCAACUUGACCAGGACUUCUACCAGACAGGAUAUUACAUCGAUGACCAGGGUCACACUGGGGCCUACUACGAUCCCACAAGCCCUGUUUAUUAUGACACUGCAGCACAGACUUUUGUGUCAGGGGAUCUGGAUCCUUCCGUGGAGCAGCAGCACACUGGAAACUUUUACCAACCUGCAAUGCCUUCUGAGACUGGAAGCACAGUAACAGACUCUCUUGAAGAGGAACCUCCGCUUCUUGAGGAACUUGGCAUCAAUUUUGAUCACAUCUGGCAGAAGACACUGACAGUGCUGAACCCGUUUAAGCCUGCAGAUGGCAGCAUUAUGAAUGAGACUGAUCUGACAGGUCCUAUCCUCUUCUGCGUAGCACUCGGGGUCACUCUAAUGAUGGCAGGAAAAGUCCACUUUGGUUAUGUGUAUGGGAUCAGUGCUACAGCCUGUGUUGGGAUGUACACUCUGCUGAGCCUGAUGAGUUCCCUGACAGUGUCUUAUGGCUGUGUGGCUAGUGUCCUGGGCUACUGCCUCCUGCCCAUGGUGGCCCUCUCUGCAUUCGCUGUCUUCUACUCUUUGCAAGGCGUCCUGGGUACAGUUCUGGCCUUGUUAGGAAUUUGUUGGUGUAGUCUCUCUGCCUCCAAGAUCUUCAUCUCCACCUUGUCUAUGGAGGGCCAGCAGCUGUUGGUGGCUUACCCAUGCGCCCUGCUUUAUGGGCUCUUUGCAUUGCUCACUGUCUUCUAAUUCUAAUAGAUAGAUUUUUUUUCUAUCAACAAAGUCAGAGAGGUUCUCUCUAUUUGUCUGCUUGGGCAAAGCAGGUAAUUUGUUGGAUAAUUGGAUAUUAGACAUUCAGUUUUUCUUGUGUUUAUUCUGUCCUUAAAUAUUCUAUUGAAUAAAUAUUUAU